AUGGCUCCUUUUAUUACAUGUUCUAAAACCAAUGAUGUAACACAUAUUGCUAAUUUGUUCUUUAAGGAAGUGGUUCACUUGCAUGGUCUGCUAAGAACUAUUGUUAGUGACAGAGAUUUUAAGUUUUUAAGUCAUUUUUGGCGCACUUUAUGGAAUAAAUUAGGAACUAAACUCUUAUUUUCUACUACUACACAUCCUCAAACAGAUGGACAAACUAGAGUAGUUAAUAGGACACUCACUACUUUGUUACAUGUUAUCAUUCAAAAGAACUUAAGGCAAUGGGAGAAGUGUGAACGUGCUAAUAUUGAUGUUAAGAAAAAGGCAGACUUUAUGAAGGAUUUACAUGCCAAGGUUCAUGCUAACAUUGAAAGGAAGAACGAGCAAAAUACAAUACAAGCUAAUAAAGGGUGUGUGAAGGUUGUCUUUAAACCUGGUGAUUGGGUGUGGGUGCACAUAAGAAAGGAACGUUUUCCCCCACAAAAAAGUCCAAAUUAUGAUUUGAGAAUGAAUCCUUUCGAGGAGAGAGGGAAUGAUGGAGAUCAAAGUGCUGAUCAAGUGCAACAAAGAAAGUAUUCCCAAGAUCCUUUGUAA